GGGCUUCUCUUCCACUCUCUCAUUACCUUCAGCAGGAAAAAUGGCGUCCACCGCUAGCACAGGUGUAGAAACGGCUACAACGGUUCCACCUCAAAAUCCAACCGUCAGACAACGAGUUAAUGAUUUCUGUACUUUUGUGUAUAAUAGUGAGGAGGGAAGCGUUCUCGGAAGAACUGGCAAAAGCUGGGCCCAGAUUGGUAUCUUCUACCUGAUUUAUUACUCAUGUUUGUCCGCUUUCUUUGCUGGUAUGAUGGCCAUCUUCUACCAGACACUAGACUGGAACUACCCCAGACUCCAGGGACCAGACACACUCCUCAAACAAAACCCUGGACUUGGAUUCCGUCCUAUACCUGAUGUACAGACAACUUUGGUCCGAUUCGUAAAAGCUGAUGCCUCUACAUAUUCCCCCUACACAGACCACAUACAGGCUUACCUGGAAUAUUAUGAGAACCAGAACUUGGGUCCUCAGGAUGGAGGUACUGUAGCUGACUGUGACUCUGUGACUGGACGUCGUCCAGAGAAGGACUGGGACAAAGCUUGUAGGUUUGAUCUGACCGCUAAUCUCGGAGCAGAUUGUGUCAAGCAACAGACAUUUGGCUUCGAUGAUGGAAUGCCGUGUAUUUUAUUGAAGCUCAACAAGAUCUUUGACUGGCAACCUGAGUCCUACACAAACAACACAGUACCAGCAGAGAUUGCUGAUAUUUGGGAGCCCUAUCAUAUCACAGUCAAAUGUGAGGGAGAGAACCCUUCUGAUGUUGACAACAUUGGACCCAUUGAAUACUAUCCUCAAGGUGGUUUCCACUUCAAAUAUUUCCCAUUCCUUAACCAGCAAGUGUACCGCUCACCGUUAGUGAUGGCGCGAUUCAUUAAACCCAUGCCCGGAGUUCUCAUUAUGGUGCAAUGUAAAGCUUAUGCCAGAAACAUCCGACACAAUGUGCUGGAGAAGGCCGGCAUGGUCCACUUUGAACUGAUGGUUGAUUAACCCGAUAAAUGUUUUAGGACACUUAACUAAUUUUUUUUCUCACACCAAUCAGUGUUGCAGGGGUGGCUUUUUUAUAAAACGGAUGUGGUUAUUGGGGAGGAACCUUAUGUUUGAAGGUAAUUGAGAGAAGAGACUGUAGGGAAAAUGUUAGAAGGCCACCAGGGUGGAACCAGUUUGGGAAAUAAGGAAAUUAUAGGAAUUUGCUAUAAUCUGUUGAAAUUUAAUGGUAAUUUAGGGCUUAAUUCGUAACUACAAAUUCUGUUAAUUGUUCUAGAAACAGGGCUGUCUUAUCUGUGAUGUUUAAUUAGCUACCCUAAAUAUUACAGAUAGGAGAGAAUUUUUUAUUCCUCUGAUGUAUUUGUUACAUUCCCCUACAAAGAUUAUUACUAAAACGUAUAUAUUCAGGACAAACAUUGUAUAUAUAUCUGUAAUAUAAUUAUUUUCUUUGUACAUGUUGCUUAAAUUCACUAUGAUUAGGAAAUUCAGUAUUGCUUUCGCAUAUGACCUUUUGAAUUUAAAUAUUCAUAAUUGCAAUACAUUUUACAGAGAUUAAAGUCAUAAGUAUAAUCUUUAAAAAAAAAGUAUUGAAAUGGAAAUCUCAGUUCAUUAGUAUCAUUAGUAAACAUCACAUCCUCUGCAUUAAUGACUUAGUUUUAACAAUUUGUGUAUGUUGCCUUUUUUUUCUUUUUCUUUUUGAAUGUUUGAACGCAAGAUGCUUUUCUUUAUGUCAUGAGAAGAGAGUUGGAUGAGUGUAAUUGAUUGUUUCAAGUAUUUGUUGAUAGUUUGUUUAACAGAACUGUAUGCAAAUUUUUUUAAUAUUUUUUUUUUGAAAUGCGAGUUCCAUUGAAAGUAUGAAUUGCCAACUGAUGACUUCUUAUUUUUAUGCACUGGAAAAUGAAGUGGACCAUCUUGGAAACUGUCACAUGUUCUCUGUCCCUAAACUGGAGGCUUGUUUUUGGACCGUGAGCAUUUUGACUGUUCUGCCAUGAAAAAUGUUAUCAAUGGUUAGUGAAACUGUCAGAAUGGAUAGUUAGUAAUGUGUUUGAUUUGGCAUUAAUAAUAGUAACUGUAGGAAUCGGGAUUUAUACAACAUAAAAAUGAUUUUUUAAAAAAUAAAGGAUCUGAAAUUUUA